CUGGAGGAAACUGGAGAAGCCUGAGGAAACCCAUACGGAAAUGCAUGGGGAGAACAUGCACACAGGCUUGACACAGAGAGCUACCUGAACUCAGGAUCAAACAGGGGACUCUGGAGCUGUGAGGUGGUAAUACUACUCAUCAUGCCACCGAUUUUUGUCCAUUUUUGCAUUUUGACCAGUCUCUUGAAUCCCUUGAAAAGGAUUUAAUAAUCAUAAAAACACACUCUUAUAAAGUUAGGUUGACUUUAGGUUUCUGAGUCUUGUGUGUUCUGCCAUGAUGGUGUCUAACAGUCAAAUCAUACUAGCUCUACACAUGGUAUUCUCUCAGGAAAAAAAGAGUGCAAAACUGUACUUUUCCAUGUCACUCCAGUGGUAACCUCAAGGGUACAUCAUUUAGUACCUUUAGCGUGUAUCUCUUUAUCUAGAAAGGUGCAUGAAAUGUACCUAAAGCUAAUUAGGUACAAGACAAGAAUUAUUUUUAAAGGUAUCCUACAAUCACAUGUACGGUAUAGAUCAAGGGAAAGGGCCAGUGUGGAUCUGGUUUUCAUUCCAACUAAGCAGAAGCCACACCUGAGUCUCCUGAAAGCUCAGGAUCGACUGAUUAACCAGGUGGAUUCAGGUGUGGCUCCUGCUUGCACACUGGUCCUUUGUGCAUAAGCUUGGACACCCCUGCUAUAGAUACACACUAAAGGUACAAAAGGUGUACAAUUGAUAGUAACACACCAGCAACAGGGCACUGAUGUGGCACAUUUAGUACCAUUUUUCAGAGUUUCACACUUUUUAAGGGCUGCCAGUGAAGACCCGCCCACCUUUUCAUCUGAUUGGUCAGUUUAAAAUCGAUCACCUGACCACUUUUUUUUUUUUUUUUUUUUAAACAACUACCACUCAAGUCAAGUCGCACAUCUUUUUAACACCAGUUUAACACCAAAUAAGCCGGCGAUGAGUAAACUAAUCCCAGCUCAAGAAGCAGCCAAGAUCUACCACACCAACUAUGUGAGGAACGCCAGAGCCAUCGGCGUGCUCUGGAUCAUCUUCACCAUCUGCUUUGCCAUCAUCACCAUGGUGGUGUUCAUUCAGCCCUACUGGAUCGGGGACAGUGUGGACACCCCGCAGUCUGGAUACUUCGGGCUUUUCCACUACUGCAUCGGAAACCCCAUCACAGGAGAGCUGGUGUGUAAAGGAAGCGCUCUGGAUUUCGGAUCCAUUCCUUCUGGAGCCUUUAAGACGGCCAUGUUCUUCGUGGGGAUUUCAUUCCUGCUGGUUGUAGGCACCAUCGGCUGCUUCAGUCUCUUCUUCUUCUGUAACGCAGGCAGUGUGUAUAAGAUCUGUGCGUGGAUGCAGCUCGCUGCCGCAACCUGUAUGGUCAUAGGCUGUAUGAUAUACCCAGACGGCUGGGACUCGGAGGAGGUGAAGCGCAUGUGUGGCCAGCGCACAGAUAAGUACACACUGGGGAACUGCACGGUGCGCUGGGCUUACAUCCUGGCCAUCAUCAGCAUCAUGGACUCCCUCGUCCUCUCCUUCCUGGCCUUUGUACUGGGCAACCGACAGGACAAACUGCUGCCUGAGGACUUCCAGGUGGGAGAGAGCACAGGUAAGAUGACAAGCUAUUUCUCUACAUACACACAUUUACAAGGAGAAAAAAGGUUACAUUUAUUUAAAAGUUCUAUGUAGAACCCUAUGAGUGAUCCUUCAGUAUCCAGAAAAAACUCUUAAGGAAACCUUUUUUCGAAGAGUGUAUUAUAGGACAUAGACAAAAACUCCUAUUCCACCAUUUGUACCACAGAGCUGUUGAAUUCUCAAUUCUGAUUGGUCAGAAGGUGUUGAUUAAUCUUCUAUAACAGCAGCUCUGACAAUAGUUCAGGUUAAUACUGAUCAGCUCGUUCUAAUAUGUUUUUAUUUCUAUUGUAACAAUUUACACAGGCACUUGUAUGGCACAUAAACAGAUAAAAAUUAAUUUGUGUAAUUGUUUAUAUGAUGUGAUGAGAUAUAUGAAGUUUUCUGUGAUGUUUAUGUGGCUAACUAACUUUGCCAGCAUUCCACAACAUUAAAUGUAACUAUAAAUGGAUAAAAAAAGUGUAAUGAGCACUUAUUUAAUAAAUAAAAAAUGUAACGAAAAUAUAAUUAGUAUCUAAUAAAGAGAGGAGAAAGGACAAGCUUUUAUAUUAAUCAGUGAGAUUCACAAAAGCCUCCCACGUUUUCUACUGUAUCUUCUAAAAAGCAAGCUCAAGCCAAAGACAACGACCUUCACUCUGAAACAAACGUCAGUUGAUCUUGUUUCUAAGCAACACAAUAUUAAAAUAGACAGUUGGGUAACUUUUGUUUCUUCUCUCGAGUCAAUCGAGUCCCAUGUGACAGCAGUGUGUUGAAAGCACGACUCUGCUGAGGUUAAGGGUCCAGGUGAAGUGACAGGUUUUUCUAGACUGUCAGAUUGUGAGGCUGAUACACAACUGUGUCUUUCAAUUUCAGAAGAAGCAUGAAGCGUCUGACGUCCGCCUCUAUUUAUGGAACUGCAUCAGCCAAAACAUCUUUGGCCAUAUUCUACAUCUGGAGUUUCUUCCACUACUAUUAAGGGAAGGACUUUUAAUAUUAAUGACAUGCUACUUUUGUACUGUACAGUCUUUAUCCUUUAUCUGAUCUACAUUUAGUCUUUCAGCUGCUUAUUACUUUUUUUUUUUUUUUUAUAAAAAUGGUCUAUAUGCAUCUUGUAAUUAAAAAAAAAAUCAGGACAAGGUUAGCCACUAAAAAAAACAAUCUUAAUUAAAUAAUUUUUCCUCAUAUAUUUUGUUGUGUUUUAGAAAAUAUGUUAUUUAUAACUAUGAAAAUCCCAAAGAAGAUUCUUUUGUACAGAUGAUAAUUUUUAUGUUUCAUGUAUAUUUUUUAGCCCAUAAUUAAAUUUGGUUACACUAACUGUGGAGGACUGUGUCAUUGAAGCGUACAUGUUUUACCAUCUAUAUAUGUCAUCAAAAGCGUCUGGUCUAUUUCCAGUCUUCGACCUUCCAGUUUCAGCGUCCACUGUAGCUUCAGAUUCUUGCUCUUGGCUGACAGGAGUGGACUCCAAUGUGGUCUCCUGCUGUUGUAGCCUCGAGGUUUAUUGUGUUGUGCGUUCCGAAAUGCUAUUCAGCUCAACACAGUUGUAAAGAGUGCGUUACGGUAGCUUUCCUGUCAGCUCCAUCCAGUCUGUCCUUGGACCUCUCCUCAACAAAGCGUUUCCACCCACAGAACUGCCUCUCACUUGAUGUUUGUUUUUUGUCUGUCACAUUUUUCCCCAUUUUGAUGUUUGAUGUGAACUUUAACUGAAGCUCUUGACCUGUAUCUGCAUGAUUUUAUGUUGUGCUGCUGCCGCAUGAUUGACUGACUAGACAAUUGCACGAAUACCUAUAACCCAAUUCUUGAUUUGAGUUUUAGACGAACACAUGCUGAAGGCCAAGCAGAGACAAUAGACCAGUUACUGUGUGUUCUUCUUCUUUCAGCCGCUCCCGUUAGGGGUCGCCACAGUGGAUCAUUGGUCCGCAUAUUUGAUUUGGCACAGUUUUUACGCCAGAUGCCCUCCCUCACACAACCCUCCCCAAUUUUAUUCGGGUUUGGGACCAGCAUUAGGAGCGCCCUGCCGUGUGCAAAAACAGUGGCUGGGGUUGGUUUCUUAGCUGGGAAAUGAACCCAGGCCACUGCAGUGAGAGCGCCGUGGCCUAACCACUAGUCCUCCAGGGACCCCAGACCAAGUCCUGCGUCUAAAUUAUAUUUAAACAGAAAACACCAACACAGCUCUGUGACUUUCAAGUCUUUAUUCAUAACAACUACAGAAAGGGUUUUAUUGAAGCGGCAAACAAUCGAGAGCAGAGCGGCUGAGAAAAAGAGAGAAAAGGACGUGCUUGUAGAAACUGGAAAAGGUCAAAGGUGAAAGUCUUUCAAUACAAAAGAGCAAACAGAGGUCCAGGUCCUUCACAAUAAAAUUACCCUACGUUCAUUUACACAUAAAAAAAAAAAACCACUGAUCC